GUCGCACUAAUAACCAGCAUAGCCGAAGGUAUCGGACGCGAUAUUGCCCUGCGGCUUGUAGAGGACGGACUUGACAUCGCCAUCACAGACUUGAAAUCACAGUGCACGAAGCUCGACGUCGCGGACGAGAUGGAGGCGCAAGGGAGGCGGUGCGUUGGCUUGGAAUAUGAUGUGUCACCAGAGGGGGUCCAGUACAUGGUGCAGACUACGGAGAAAGAGUUCAACGGUUUGGACGUGGUGGGUGCCUCG